ACACUGGUAGCCUCGGCUGUAUAUAAAGCUCGCUUCUGUACACUGCCAUGAUCCACAUUGCAUUCGAGCAAAGCAUUGUAUUCAGCCAUCACCUAAUCAUCAUUAGCCAGCAGCUCUUUCUCUGCUGUAUUGAUUGAUACAAGUUACAAGAGAGAUCGAUAGCUAGCUACCUCUUUCUCUGUAUUAUUAAUACGUACGAGUAAUCUUUGAUUUGGUGCGUGACCCAGAUCGACGGAGAUAAUAAUGGCGCCUAACGGGGACGCAGCGGUGGCGGCCGCACCGGCGCCGGCGCCGGCGCCGAAGCCGAAGCCGGCGCGGCGGCAGUCGAAGCCGAGGAGGAUAUCCAUGGAGGGGCUCCAGCGCGCCAUGUCCGACCUGGCCCUGGAGCUGGCCAGGGACAGGAAGGCCGCCGACGCCAAGCCGGCGGCGACGACGCAGCAGCUGCUGCCGGCGAUCACGGAGCAGCACCAGCAGGUGGAGGACGCGCGGUGCGAGUGCUGCGGCAUGCAGGAGGAGUGCACGCCCGAGUACGUGCGCCGCGUCCGGGAGCGCUACUGCGGGCGCUGGGUGUGCGGGCUGUGCGCGGAGGCCGUCAACGGCGAGGCCGACAGCCGCCACGGGGGCCGCACGGAGGAGGCGCUGGCGGCGCACAUGGCCGUGUGCGGCCGCUUCAACCGCGUCGGCCGCGCCAACCCCGUGCUCAUGCAGACGGAGGCCAUGCGGGAGAUCCUGAGGAAGAGGUGCAGGUCCAACAGCCCCAGGGAUCACGCCGGCGCUCUCGCCAGGAGCUCCAGCUGCAUCCCGGCCAUAACCAAGGACUUCAACUGAGCUGCGGCUUCUUCUUCUUGGGGUCCGGCUUCAUCAGCUUCUUCAUCAUUAGCUAGCUAGUAGCUCGGCAUGGAUGGGCUUGUAUCUUUUGUAGUAGCAUGUAUCAACAUGCAUGCUAGCUAAGUUUGUAAUUUCUGGCAUUUUGAUAGGUGGAUUACUGGAUAUCUUUCAGUUCCAUUAGGAGCACAUUUUUUUCGUGGCUUUGUACUACGUUUUGGUUGUACUAUACACACAUAAAUGAUCAAUACUGAUGAAAAAUUGUGAAUA